AUGGCUCUCUUCGCCAUUUCUCCUUUAUCUUCUGCUCUUCUUACAUCUGCGGAAGUGGUCAUUUCGAAACCAUUAGAAUUCAGCAGAGUUGUACCAAGGGCUAACGCACAACUACCCAUAGUUGCCAAUAGAGAGACAUAUUUCGGGACGAUGGCUGCUCUUAUGAGGAAUGUUUCCACUUCGGCCUGGAUCUCGGAUAAAUCACUCACGCUACCGUUCUGGCCUUCUAUCGAGAGUGGCCAGUUUGGACCCGAGCUAGUGUCCAAAUACAAUUCUUUGACAGCCAAGACAACGGCACUACAUACGGAUCUGAGCUGCCAGGAUAUGGCUUUGCAGAGUGAUACUCUGGAACCAACACCAUACAGUGCGUACGACCGGAUGCAACAUGGCCCUUACAAGGGCAUUGAACCUAUGGUUCAUUUUGUUCUAAAGUCGAAUGACGGAUGCAUGUACAAUAUGUCUUUCCAUCCUACUGCUGGUCAAAUCAGUGCUGGGGGCUUAACGUGGUCGAAUACCUCUACCUUGUUCGUGCAAAGAAAGACAUUACUGCUUCUCGGUAGGAAGCCAUUUCCUGCCGAAGUCUCAAAGACAAGUCCGUAUGCCAGGCAUAGUGCAUCCGAUGAGUGCGCGAAUCGCGAUAUCGUUAUACUAAGCACUCCUUGGGCAAAAGACGUGCAAUUCAAUACCAGCUGGGGUCCCGGCAUCGAGCAUAACCGGACCUUUGAGCGAUCACCUGAAUUCCGCAUGAAGGCGCUACUUUGUCAGUCUCAUUAUCUCCAGGAAAGCCUCAACGUUUCUGCGUUAAUGACAACAGGGAGGCCACCAAACAUCACCUCCACACAUGUUGACUCGGCCAACCGCGCACCGAUACCAAAGGAACUCUUGGACAUACCUAAUUUUGAAAGAACAAUUUUACAAGAUGCCUGGGCUGAUUACUUCAGCACGGAGAGCAUGCAAACUGAUGCGACUCGAGGACUGGAUAACGUCCAGGGCCCAUACGCUGAUCCAAAAAUAGUCAGGUCUGCCCCUGUAUUUACUGGAGUUGGUCCAUUGCUCGGCGCCAUAUAUUCUUUCAACAUCACUCGAAUGUUCGAAGACAAAGAUUUCGGUGCCCAGGUUGCGAGGGUCAAAGGUCGGUUCUUUACCGAAUGUCUUCGUGAGUCCCUCCGCGAUCCGGCCGCAGUGGAAACCAACACCAUAAGGGGUGAAACUACUUUGAUAGAAGAGAGAGUCAUGGUACUUAGGGAGAUCGGCAUAGCCUUGGCCGUUCUGUUCUUUGUAUCCUCUGUGCUGUUGGCCCUUGUGUUUUGGGUUUCCCGACUUACUUUUCGCCCGCUCGACCUCAGUACAGACCCUGGCAGUGCUAUUGGGCAUGCAAUGCUCAUUCGAAGUCAAUCAGAACAAUCUUUGAUAUUCAGGAGAAACCACAAAGCAUCCCGCAAGGAGCUUCGGGAAGUCUUAAAGCAAGAGAUGUUUUACAUGCAGGAUGGAGAGAUAUGCGCGACUGAAAACCAUGCCUCAAUCUUGCGAUUAAGCAUGCUCUUCGCACUCUUCUGCUUUCUCGUCUGCGUUCUGAUAGCUGUAAUGGUACUUAACGUCUUCUCUAUGCGGUCCCGCCUUUCACAGAAAGCUUUUAUAUACGAAGCCGACAUCUCCAAGCUUGGCCUAAGCUUCUCUACAUUCGCCCCAAUUUCGAUCGCACCAACCGUUAUCAGUAUAGUAAUUGGACUGUGGUGGGACCAGCUAGACUCAACUUUCAGAAUACUACAACCGUACAUUUCAAUGUCACGGCGGCCGACGCCGAUCCGGAACGGAGCAGGUCUAACAUAUCGCUCCAAGACCUGGGUUGGGGCAGCCAUCAAGGCCGGGCUAAAUAGACACUGGAUACUGUUCAUGGUUGCUCUAGGUAGUGUUCUUUGCCAGAUUCUCACCGUAUCGAUGUCAGCAGUCUUUGAGCGGCAAUCCACAAACGUCGUUCAUCCGACCAUGUUUCAAAGAACUCUAGAAGAUAGAAUGCUACCAAUUAUGACUACUCAUAGGGCUGCGGAUGAUCUUUGGUCAGGGACCAGCCCAGGUCAACUCCCUUGGAAAGUGCUCAACGAACUUCUCUUAGACCCACCGAAGAAUUGGUUACCCGGAGCUACCAUCCAGCUAUCACUCAACGGAACAAAGCCUACCUGGACACAAGAUGGCUGGAGUUUCAUUCCCAUUGAUCUUUCUAAAGCAGGUGGAUCAGCACCGGUCCAGACCAAUCCCAAACAAGGCAUUUUGUAUCCGAGCAAUGUGACAGUCAUGACACAAGCUCUUCGAGCCAAACUCGAAUGUCAAAGAAUACCGGAAAUAGUGAACAUUUCGACAUGGCUCAAUACCAUAGAUGACCUCCCAUCGUCAUAUCAGGAAGAAGUAGACAUAACGGGUUCCAAGGAUGGCUAUAUUCUUCCGCCCACCAUCUUCAAUGACGGCCCCUCAAAUACUUCCACUUUUGCCACCAGUAGUAUGAUUCGAUGCUGUUCAAACACAACCAACAACGACACAGAUACAGCCGUAAUUGGAUAUUGGUCACCAGUCGAAGUCAAGAGCUUCCCUUACGAAGAUCGUGAGUGGCCAGUACCGUUCGUCACGAAAUGGAUUGUCGGAAAACCACAAGGAGGCGGUGAAGAUGCUUUGGUUUUUGACGAAGUACCUGCCAUACAGGCUGCACGUUGUUUACCAAUCAUUGAGGCAGCAGAUGCCAGAGUCGCCGUAGAUAAGGAUACGGGAACUGUUCAGUCUUUUGAGAUUAUGGGUUCCGUUUGUUCUGCAGAGGAAGCCUGGUCAGAGGUAUUCGUCCAACGCAAUUUCACCGGCAAUGCGCCAAAUCAACGCUUGAAUGAAACGUACAAAGGACCAGUAAACAUGACUACGAGCUAUGGAGUUCUAUUCAUGGGGUCCAUGUUCAAAGCCGCCAACGACAAGAUCACACUCUGGGAGUACAUCCAAGACAAUGCCUUUGUCAUGCGCGAUAUGAAAAGCGGUAUGAACAUGGACUUGAUGACUUACAGCAUGUACAAUCUCGUCAAUAGGGAUCCCAGUGCACUGCUAGACUAUGAGACGCUUGUUACAAAUGCUGGUCGAACCUUCGAAACCUUCUUCCAACAUUUCGUUACCAACGGUCUAUCGUUGGAGGCGGGCGGAUUAGCUUACCAGAAAAUUGGCGACAACAGCAUGCAAGAGCUAGGUGCGCCUAUCACAUGGAACGGUACAGCUCUCCCGCAACGCGAGUACGCCAACCAAAACACGAACCGCACAGCUGAAGGGCAAGUUUCUAGCCGCAUUCAAAUCCUUCAUAUGAAUGUGGUUGCAACGUACCUCUCCGUUGCAAUAGUCAUUUGGCUCAUUGGAACUACCAUUGUGAUAACCUGGCUGCAACGGAAGUAUACGAGUACUCUAAUUCGUGACAUCCAGCUUAUUGCUGAUGUCUUGGUGCUCGUCGCAGGUAGUGACAACCUCUUGGAGCUGCUUCAAGAUCGAGGCUAUGGGGUCAAGAAAUCUGCAGACAUCAAGACCAUGUUGGGUUGGUUCAGAGAUAGGGACGGGGAAGUUCGUUGGGGUAUUGAAGUGGUUGGUGGAAGGGCUGCGGUUGAAUGGGUAGAAGCGCCGAAAGUAAGUAAUCAUAGCCCCGAAAAAGGGGCAUCUCAAAGACUGCUGCUUCCAUGGAGAAAGAAGCCGACUACUUAG